AUGGUGAAAGUACUCUUGACUGGUGGCAGCGGAUUCAUCGCAGCUCAUAUCAUUGAUAUCUUGCUGCAGCGCGGAUAUGAGACAGUAGUGACUGUUAGAUCCGAAGAAAAGGGACAAAAAAUCCUCAAUGCUCACCCCAAUACCCCGAAGGAGAAACUUUCAUAUGUUAUUGUCAAGGACGUCGCAGAAGAAGGCGCAUUCGACGAAGCCGUCAAAUCAAACCCACCCUUCGACUAUGUCCUCCAUACUGCUUCUCCCUUCCAUUACAACGUUUCAGACCCAGUGAAGGACUUCCUGGACCCGGCAAUCAAAGGAACAACGGGUAUCUUGAAGGCAGUCAAAGCCUACGCCCCGACAGUGAAACGUGUUGUGGUCACGUCCUCUUUUGCUGCAAUCGUCAAUGUCAAGGAACAUCCGAAGGUCUACAGUGAGGAGAACUGGAAUCCUGUGACUUGGGAGGAAGCAAUGGAGCCUUCCCAAACCUACCGAGCGAGCAAGACAUUUGCCGAGAAGGCCGCCUGGGAUUUCGUUGAGAAGGAGAAGCCAAACUUUGACAUUGCGACGAUAAAUCCUCCUCUGGUUUUGGGGCCUGUUGUGCCAUAUCUGAACUCCCUAGAUGCCGUCAAUACUUCGAACAGCCGUAUUAGCAACUUGGUCCGGGGUAACAACAAGGACGGGCUUCUCCCAACUGGAACAUUCCUUUGGGUAGAUGUUCACGACGUUGCAUUGGCCCACGUGAGAGCAAUUGAGGUUUCAGAAGCAGGUGGACAAAGAUUUUUCCUUGUCUCUGGCUUGUAUACGAACAAAGAUCUUGCAGAUAUUAUCCGUGAAACAUAUCCUCAACUCGAGGAAAAGCUGCCUCCUAAGGAUUCUGCCAGUGAUAUGCCAACCAACGUCUAUGGCUAUAAUAACAAGAAGUCGAUUGAAGUACUAGGCAUCCAGUACCGAUCAUUGAAGGAGUCGGUUGCCGAUACAGUCAAAUCAUUGCUAUCUCCCACAGCAAAUUUGCUGCGGAAGUCUCGUCUUUUCGCGCUUCCACAAGCAUUGAAACCACCUCAGGAUCCGCCAACCUCAAAGGUCGUCUUCGAGUCCGACACCGCAACCCUUCCUCAUCCUACCCGAGCGUCCAUCGUUACCCCAGCAUCAUCACUAGCAAGAGGAGAUUGGGGUCUCAAGAGAUCGUUGCCUGCGAAAUCUACCUCUGCUAAAUCAUCCAGGCCUGUUGUGAGGGUGAACGCUCUCGACACAUUCGAACAUGUUACCGACUUCGAGUCUGCGGCCGACCAUACGGUGACCCUUGAGAAAUUCCAGGAACUCCAUAUGCCUCUUUCUUUACCUUCGAAAGUCAAUUAUGCAACUAGUAUUGUUCCUAGGCAUCAGAGUCCCUUCGAGUCGUAUGUGGACAACACAGACACUAGCAAAGGUCUCGAGGAGACCGGCGCCAAACAAUUUAGGCACUCCGGGCCUUGGCUGGCUGGACAGACGGAAGCCGAAUUCAGUGCCUACCUGAAGAAAGUGCGGAGCAAUAAGCCAGAGCUUCUGCAAAAACUUCGCCAACUCUUCUCCGAAAAGCGAACUGCUGAGCGGAGAAAGCAAGCUCAAGAUAACGGAGAGGACUUGGAGGCGCUUGAGCCUGUAAAGGUUACGGAAGAGGAGUUCCAGACCUACCUCAAGUCACUACGUACAGAUCCUUUCUCCCUUGGCCCCGUGGUCUUUGAGCUAUUGGACCUGCCCUCUCCUCCAGCCGUACCGAGCGACCGAAUUGGCCACAAAUACUACCAAUCACCCGGAACUAAGCUGUCUUCGGCAGAAUACGCUGUAUCCGGUCCUCCGAAGACACACCCUUCUGCCGGACUGUCAUACACACGGUCGCAUGCUUUGAUCUACAAUCACCCCAAGUUUGGUCCUCAGGCAUAUCAGCGUCCAGUGGAGGCCCGUAUCUUGCGACCAAAGGGCAGGUUCAAGGGCAGAACCUCCAAGGCCAUUGCGGGUGUUGGCGGUAUUGCUGUGGAAGACUUAAAUGCCAUGACUUUUGUGGAACAGGGCUCUCCUCCGGGCCUGGCUUACUUUGAUGUAUCUAUCCCCGGUGGCGCCAAGUACUGGGUCACUCCCAUUCGGGCUUCGGUUGAUUCGGAGGGUAGAAUUGGCUUGGCAUCUUAUAGAGCAAGUGCCACUGCUAAAGCUCCCUACAGCAUUGAGGAUUAUAAGAAGCCCUCUCUGACAACCAUUUCCGAUGUUGCUCGUGGUGAUCAGCGUGUCGUCCCGAGACUGGACAGGCACAAGCCACGUUUUAGGCCUUCGGAUGAACCACAGAAUACAACCGAGGACAUCGCUAAAAACCUGAUGAAGACUCUUAGCUCCUCAUGA